UUAUGAACCCACUCCCAAGUCACGAAAACCCACCGCUUCAAGUGCCGUUGAAGCCCAGGAAACAUCCUUUACUCCUCCCCCUUUGAUUUUAUCACCGAUUGAGUUUCCUUUUAUACAAUUAUACUGAAGAAAAAACAAUCUCUCUCUCUCUCUCUCUCUCUGAAUAUAAUAUUAUGGAGGCUGUGGUGGGCGUUGGCGUUGACGCUCCAACUCUAGCUGUAUUUUUCUUGAUGUUCGUGGCCAUCUACCUCUUGGGCUAUUUGACAAUAUUCCGGAGAUGGGGCGGCGUCUCAAGGCCAGAAGCUUCGAGCUGCCUGAUAUCUCUCGCCCACGGCACGCCAGCGGUGGUGCUGGCCGUCUUCUCCACCCUCCCCCACCGUCAAAACCAAAACCCACAUCCUUUUUCUUCCGCCAACACUGCCUUUCAGAACCAGGUGCUCGAAUACAGCAUUGCGUACUUCUUAACCGACCUCUUCCACUACCUUCUCUUCGUCCCCGCCGACGCCAUCUUUGUCGGCCACCACCUGGCAACCGCCUACGUCUUGAUCACAUGCAGGUAUAUAAUCCACCACGGAGCUUUCGCCAUCCUUUCCCUUCUUGCCAUUGCAGAGGUCACCAGCGGUUGCCAGAACGCCUGGACCCUGGCCAGGCUCCGCCACGCUGCCUCGCCGGAGGCCGCCGUGAUUUAUGAGUUCUUGUCUCCGGUGUUUUACUCCUUCUAUUCGGUUGUCAGGGGGGUCAUUGGACCUUUGUUUGUGUACAAGAUGGGGGUGUUUUAUUCCGGCGGAGGGGCCGGCGAUUUGAUUCCGAAGUGGGCUUGGAUUUCUUGGAUGGUUCUGAUUGUCGCUGCAAUCUUGGUCAGUAUUUUGUGGGUUUCACGUCUUUGGGUGGACUUUUACAGCAGGCGGAGAAGAUCAAUUAGGAAGAGUUUUUUCUUUGGGGGAUUCAGCAACAACCCUAAAUCUAGUUAGGUAAUUUGUAUUUAUGGGAUUUGGACCGAAGGUUUAUUUAAGUACUUAUUAUUUGAAAUUUUCUUAUU